CCUGGACGACGAAGCAACAUCCACAUCUGCCUUCUUCAUUGAGAGCAAAUCCUUGAUCCACUGACUUUGCUAUCCUCUUUAUUCUGCCACUGUAGACCAUGGUGUCCCACAAAGAGUUCCAGAAUGCUGGGAAAGGGCCAGGUCUCCAGAUCUGGCGUGUGGAGAAUAUGGACUUGAAGCCUGUCCCCAAGCAACUCUAUGGCAACUUCUACACUGGAGAUGCCUACAUCGUGCUCUAUACCACCUCAGCUCCAUCUUACUACAUUCACAUGUGGAUGGGAAACGAGUGCUCUCAGGAUGAAAGUGGUGCUGCUGCCAUCUUUGCCACGCAGCUGGAUGAUUACCUGGGCGGUGGGCCUGUGCAGUUUCGCGAGGUGCAGAACAAUGAGUCCCUCACCUUCCUGGGCUACUUCAAGUCCGGCAUCAAGUACAAGCAAGGUGGAGUCGCUUCUGGCUUUCAGCAUGUGGUGACCAAUGACAUGAAUGUCAGGCGUUUGCUGCAUAUUAAGGGCCGGCGUGCCAUCAGAGCCACUGAGGUUGGCAUGUCCUGGGACAGCUUCAAUAAGGGAGACUGCUUCAUCAUUGACCUUGGCAAGGACAUCUACCAGUGGUGCGGUAGUGACUGCAACCGCUUUGAGCGUUUGAAGGCCUCCCAGGUGGCUAUCGAUAUCCGCGACAAUGAGAGGAGCGGCCGUGCCAAGCUCCAGAUGAUUGAGGACGGGGCAGAGCCAGAAGCCGUCAUUGAAGCUCUGGGACCCAAACCUAACAUCCCAGCUGGACAACCCGAUGAUGAGGCCACGGACAGAUCCAGUGUCAAGAAGGCCUCUCUCUACAUGAUCUCUGAUGCUGCUGGCUCAAUGAAGUCAUCCCUUGUGGCCCCGGCCAGCCCCUUCAAACAGGAGAUGCUCUCACCCAAUGAAUGCUUCAUCCUGGACAAUGGUGUGGAUAACAAGCUCUUCGUGUGGAAAGGACCAAGUGCCAACGCAGCAGAACGCAAGGCUGCCAUGAAGGCUGCCGAGCAAUUCAUCAAAGAGAAGAACUACUCCAAGAUGACUCAGAUCCAGGUGUUGCCAGCAGGAGGUGAGACCACCCUCUUCAAACAAUUUUUUUCCAACUGGAAAGAUAAGGACCAGACCACAGGCCCCAGCAAGGCCUACGCCAUUGGUCGUAUUGCUCAAGUGGAGCAAGUUCCAUUUGACGCCUCCUCCCUGCACUCCAACAAGACCAUGGCUGCCCAGCAUGGCAUGGUGGAUGAUGGCACUGGGAAGAUCCAGAUUUGGCGUGUUGAGGGGGGAGACAAAGUUCCAGUGGAUCCUGCCACCUAUGGGCAGUUUUUUGGAGGAGACUGUUACCUCAUCCUGUACAGCUACAGGCAAGGAGGCAGGGAUCAACACAUCAUAUACACGUGGCAGGGGCUGAAGUGCACUCAGGAUGAACUGGCUGCUUCUGCUUUCCUCACAGUCAAGCUGGAUGACUCUAUGAGAGGAUCCCCCGUCCAGGUGCGUGUGACACAGGGCCAGGAGCCGUCCCACCUCAUGAGCCUGUUCAAGGGCAAGCCCAUGAUCAUCCACAGUGGCGGGACAUCCCGCAAGGGUGGCCAGACCCGGGCAGGCAGCACGCGCCUCUUCCACAUCCGCCAGAGCUCCACUCGUGCUACACGAGCUGUGGAGGUAGACCCCUCUGCCUCCUUCCUGAACACCAAUGAUGUGUUUGUGCUGAAAUCCGCUGACUCCUUAUUCAUCUGGAGGGGUGUGGGUGCCAAUGAGGAGGAAAUGGCCGCUGCAAAGUAUGUGGCCAGCUUCCUUGGAGGAAGUGCCACCGAGGUGUCCGAGGGCAAGGAGCCAGCUGGGUUCUGGUCAGCUCUCGGUGGAAAAAAGGACUACCAGACAUCAAGGAGCCUGCAGAAGACGGUCAAGCCCCCACGCCUGUUUGGCUGUUCCAACAAGACAGGCAGACUGACUGUGGAGGAGGUGCCUGGAGAAUUUGGUCAGGCUGACCUUGCCACUGAUGAUGUUAUGUUGCUGGACACCUAUGAUCAGAUCUUCCUGUGGGUUGGGAAUGAUGCCAAUGAGGUGGAGAAAACUGGAUCUGCAAAAAUUGCUAAAGAGUAUGUUGAUUCUGACCCCUCUGGUCGUCGUGGCAUUCCUAUCACCACCAUCAAGCAGGGUUUUGAACCCCCCACCUUCACUGGAUGGUUCCAGGCCUGGGACCCCAAAAUGUGGGACACAGACCCCUUGGAACGGAUCCAGGCUCACUUCUAAAUCACAAACAUUCUUGCUACAUGAAUGCAUGGCUUGUCUUCUUAGAUAACCUCAGGAUAUCAGCAUAUUUCAAGCAAAAAGCUAAUUUUACUCAGCUAUCAGGCCUUAUUCAAUAUACACGAUAAGGUGCCUUAAGCCGCAGAAUUCCUACACUUAACAGAAACUGUCAAACCUUCUUGUCCAUGUAUACUCAUGUUUUAUUUCCACAUAUUUUGGUUUACACUAAGGUUUCCAUGUAUAAUAGUGGUUUUUGCUUGUAAGCAUUAAUCUUGUGCUGAAACAAUGGUAUCCUAGAUGAAAAUGGCAUAUGUACUUGGGAUAACCUCUCAGAUUGCUAGUUUACUGCAGGCAGAAUCAGGAAGACUACCACAGGUGUAUUUUAAAAACCCUUAAUGUAAAAAUGAGGGGGUUUUAACAUGAUACCCAUCGGCCUUAAUCUGAAAGUGAUCUUUCCAUUAAAAGUGUAUUGUCUCAGUAGAUGCUAAGUCAGACAGAGUCUGAUAAGUUCAUAUCUCCUGAUAUCAAAAUGAAUAAAUUUAAUAUCUCGUGUGUGGAAUGCAAGGGUGGUUGGUUUUUUAAUAAACAUCCAGCUUUUUGAAAGCUGUUUUUCCUUAA